AUGGGGGCUCCCAAUCUCAACCCUGAGGAGUCUCCAGAAGUCGAGGGUGUUCUGAACACAAGUCAGGGUUCUUUGCUUGAUGUAAAUCCUGAAAAGGAGGGCUGCAUCCCUGAGACUGAGACGGGUGAGAUAAGUGUUGAUGCUGAGAUGGCUUCAGAGGUCCUAGGUACUCCUGGUGAUAAGACAACUCUCGAGAGCCAAGGGAUUUCCGGCACUGAUGAGGUUACUGAGACCAUGCAGAUCCUGGAGGCUCAGGGAAUCGAAAAACUGCAGGAUAUGGAUGAAGUUAUGCAGAUUGAUGAAUCAUUAACGAUUCCUGAACUUGAACAGGUUUCUAUGGUAGGCGCAUAACUCUAAUUAAUGUUUAUUUGCAUCUUUGUAUUAUCAUAACAAUGGAAAACUACAUGUGCAGUUAUUUUACAACAUUACUUAAACACAAAAAUUCUGAAGUCUUGUUAUUACAGCCUGUAUUAAUGUUGAAAGUUUGUUUUUUGUAGGAUACUCUAACUGGACAUGCUGGGAACUGCACAACAUGCAAAACCCUGAGGAGUGAGGUGACUCAAUUAAGGGGCAAAGUCACAAGACUGAAGAGUAAGUUAAUCUCCAAUCAAGAUCAGUGGGUUGAAACCUUUAAGAGCAUACAAGAGCCAAAGCAGUUGCUGAUGGUGAAUGCUGGUGAGUCAACAAUAAUUAUUGAUGUUGAUGAGUCAUAUAGGCAUAACGGCCUAUCUUUAUAUUUUUAUUACAUUUUAUCAAUAUUUGAUUAUUUAAUAAUAAUUAAAAUUUUAAUGGUAAUAGAAUUUUUUAAAUUCCAUUUGUUUAAGCUAUUCAAACUGAUCCAUGGCCAGUAACAAAUGAGACAGAGUUAGGGCUAGAGGAUGAAUCAGAAGAUGAGCAGGAAAUGCAGGACGACGCAUGA